UAUCCCGGAGCUCAAGCCUGGUGGUUGUUAACGGCUUUUGGUCUCUGGCUUUUGGCACUGACAUGGUGAAGAGCGACUCCGACUCAAGCAAUAUGUCUGAGAAACGACAUUCCCAACACGGAGGACCUCAGCGGCUCCCCGAGUCCUUCAGGGAUAACCCCAAGGCAGAACUGGGACCUUGUGGAUGGAUUUUGGUGGCUUUCUCAUUCUUGUUCGUACUGAUAACCUUCCCCAUAUCAAUAUGGAUUUGCAUAAAGAUUGUAAAGGAAUAUGAACGAGUCAUCAUCUUCAGACUGGGUCGAAUUUUGCAAGGAGGCGCCAAAGGACCUGGCUUGUUUUUUAUCCUGCCAUGCACUGACAGCUUCAUCAAAGUGGACAUGAGGACCAUCUCCUUCGAUAUUCCACCUCAGGAGGUCCUCACGAAGGAUUCAGUGACAAUCAGUGUGGAUGGUGUGGUCUAUUACCGUGUUCAGAAUGCAACCCUGGCAGUGGCAAAUAUCACCAAUGCAGAUUCAGCAACUCGCCUUUUGGCACAAACCACACUGAGGAAUGCCCUGGGCACCAAGAACCUGUCUCAGAUCCUGUCUGACAGGGAGGAGAUUGCACACCACAUGCAGAGUACACUGGAUGAUGCCACUGAUGACUGGGGAAUAAAGGUGGAGCGUGUGGAGAUUAAGGAUGUGAAACUCCCAGUCCAGCUCCAGAGAGCCAUGGCUGCAGAGGCAGAAGCCGCCCGGGAGGCAAGAGCCAAGGUGAUUGCAGCUGAGGGGGAAAUGAAUGCGUCCAGAGCCUUGAAAGAAGCUUCCAUCGUUAUCACUGAGUCUCCUGCUGCCCUUCAGCUCCGGUACCUUCAAACACUGACCACUAUCGCUGCAGAGAAAAACUCCACCAUUGUCUUCCCUCUGCCCAUCGAUAUGUUGCAGGGUCUCAUGAACUCUAAACAGAACAAGUAGUGCUGUAGAACUGUGCUGAACCCCUGCCAGGGUAAAGUGGGGACCAAAUUAGCCUUUCACUUGCAGGGAGAUUAGCGGAAGCUUGACUUGACUGUCCCCGUUUCUGUAUGUAGAGUGAGGGUCUCUUAGAAGGGACAGGAGUCCUAAGAGCAGCUGAGAGACCCACUUUGAAGCUAUGAGCUCAGUAGUAGAGUACUUGCUUAGCAUGCCCAAGGCUCUGAAUUUCACUGGCUUGUAAAUACUGAGAGAAAUGGUGAUUUAUGUAUGAUAGAUAACCUUUCUCUUUACCUACAACUGCCUUUAUUCUGUGGUAGGCUGGAGCCCUCUUCUAACUUUAAGUCAUUCCAAGGCCUAUGUGAGCAGUCAAGCCAGGGCAAGGGACACAGCCUAGACAUGCCACCCACCCCACUGGGUAAAUGCUCUGCACAGUGAAGACUUCUGUCACCCCUCUUCUCUGGGCCACCUGUGCCUUCCCUUCAGGGAAUCUUAAAAGAAGGAUAUUUCCCCAGUGUCCAUCCACCUGACCUAAGCUGUGUUUUGGAAUAACCCUAUCCUCUUUUGUGACCCUGUCAAAACCUGAGAAAAUGGUCAGAGUCAAGGAAGAGACUUGGCUGGCCACCCCGGGACCGUGCUUCCCCACUGUGGGGUCCUUUUGAAAAUAGAAUGUGCAGUUUUUACAAACCCUUUGAGCCGCCCCCCCCCACCGCCACUUGAUGAUCCCUUUCUGUGUUGCCUUUAAAAGCAGCUAAAUUCUUGUCACAGAAGUGCUUUUUCUCACUCUUUCCUAUUUCAUGUAUCAGGUUUUUAAAUCAUUUUGAUUUUUUAAAAAUAACUUUCUACGUUCUAUAAAUAAUGGUUAUAUGCCCAUUUGAAUAGCUUUAAGUACCGAAGCACUUUUUAAAAAGUCUUAAGACAACCAUUAUAUUUUUCUCUCUGCACACUAUUAACUGUUAUAUACUGUGAAAUAGUGUGAUUAGUAAUCCCACUUAAGUAGUUUAAGGAAUUCCUAGCACAUGGAGCAUCUCAUCCCUGAUCUUGGGCAGACACCCAUGCUGAGCUCUCAGUGCAGAGGGAGCAUACUUGUGUUUGACUAGGUUUUUUGUUUUUGUUGUUUUCAUACAAAACACUGAUGACUGAUGCCAGUAGAGGAAGUGGUCAGUCCCUCUGAACCAUAAUUUCUGACUGUGACAUCUUUCCCUUGGUCUGGAAAGCUUGGUGAGGACUUUUGCAGCAUCUUUGAGGCUCUUGAUUCACCCGGGGAAGCCUGAAGCAUGGCUACCUGUGGUGGGAGCAGCUCUGUUCUCUUCUCCUAGCUGUGUAUGUCAGGCCCACGUGGAGCCCGCCUCCCUCCCUUCCCUCCCUCCCUCCCUCCUACCCACCCACCCUGAUUCUGAGCUGUUUUCUGAGGUGUAUGGAGCAUUUCCACCCAGUACUCAAGUUGCAUUUGCAUUUUGAACUUAAAAUGGUGGCUUCAUCUGUUUGGAGAAGGGACGCGCCCUGCACUAAUGCCCAAGAAACCCCCGUGUCCUGGUGAAAACACUUUCUCAGAGGUGGAAAAUGUAUUAUACACUUGUCUAAAUUUCUCCCUCCAGACACCAACUGGCCUUUUCUUCUGUGCCUAGUGAAUUAGUAGCCCUGUAUGCUGAAGUUCAGUCACACUGAGGGGUGGAGAAAAUCUAGCUAUGGGAAGUGGUGAUGGUGUGAGGGUUUUCCUAAGUCCUCACCUUCAGCUGUGUACAAUAAAGUGUGUACCCUGUAA